AAUUUGAAAACGUGGAAAAGCUCUCACUCCUAAACACACACAGUUCAUUACGAAGAGGAGACGGCCACUGCAGUCUGCAUACGGUACAACUCCUGAUGUAACACGAUAUACCUCUUUGGAAUGUCCACCAUCUCUAGCUACAUUUUAGGUUUGCCAUUUGGCUAGAAAUCAGUUUGUAACACCAGACCCGUCACCUGGUGAAUAUAGUCUUUCUACAUCUGAAAGGGAGUAUGGAGUGCAGUCUCAGACCAGAUGCUCAUUUCCAGAGCCGCAAAGACCUGCAGUAUGGAGCUUGUCAUGACAGUGGAUACUUGGACAGUGGUUACAGCCCUAAAAUGGAGAGUGGAGACACAUUUGCCCUCUCAAAGUGUUUUUCUUCAGAUGGUUUUCAUGAAAUGCCUAAAGAGAACCUUUCACAGAAAUGCGAACCUCUGUCACCCAGAAAGAACAGACUAAAAGAGGGUGUCAGGAGUCCACAGAAAGACAUUCUGAAGGAGCAGCCAUUACAGAACGGCUGGUGUGAAACUCCUAAAGUAUCCAAGAGAGGUCCAUCUCUGAGACGACGUCUCCUCAUGUCUAAAUCGGAGGGUAAAACUGCAGGCAACACAAAAACACCAUGCGCUAAAAAGACUGACUCGUCAGUGAACGUGAGAACUGACCGCUGCUCCAACGUGGUCUGUGACUCACCAGAUGCCUUUACUAUUGGAGCUUUAGCUACAAGCACUUUAAAACCAGAGGACGUGCUUCUGUCCAGCAGGAAACGGCGCCUCCUCUUUUCUCUUGUAAAAACCUCAACACUUGAAGAUGGUAAAUGCAACACGACCAGCCUCCCCCUCUUUGAGAGAAAGGCGUCUGCUGCAUCGCUCUCAGAUGCAGACUUGGAAGAGAGCAUCAUCUCCUCAGACCGCCUUUCCACUGAGAUGCUGGAGACCCCACGCUAUAGCAGAUUAACAUCUUCGGUGAAAGAGAACUUCCAGACUCCAGUCAACAACAACGUAGCAGCUAACCUCUCUGACAGCCUGAGUGUCCUGAGCACCCCUUCCUCCACCCCUACUCAUAAACACGACCAUGACACCCCUUCAUCCACCCCUACUCAUAAACACUAUGACCAUGACACCCCUUCAUCCACCCCUACUCUUAAACACUGUGACCGCUCCGUGUCUGAGGACAGUGGCUUCAGCUCCCUGGCUCUGGAUAAGUCCCAGGACUCCACGGUGGACAAUGAUGGUUCCUUCCAGGAGCUGCUGUUGUCAUCAGGCAGCUCCAGGUGCAAGGAGACCCCCAGCAGGCUGGCCGAGAUGAAGAGGAGAUCCAGACUGGAGCGCCAGCGCCGCCUCUCCACUCUCCGAGAGGGGGGUUCCCAGUCUGAGGGGGACCGUGACGUCAGGGCCCUGGUAGCCCACAGAACUCAUCACAGAGAGAAGAACCUGACAUCCCAGGCACAUCUGGAGCGCAGCAUCUUCAAGGAGGAUGACAGUGACGUCUUCCUGGAUGUGACUCCGCCGAAAACAGCCACCGUUAAGCUAGAGGACCUGUCCUUCACGCCGGCCCUGCAGAUGGUCCAGGCCCUGGCCCAGAAGACCUCCGGGAUGUUGCUGGAGCAGACCAGUCUGGAGGAGCUGCUGAGGGCCUCGGAGAAAGAGGCCUUCAGGACCACCAUGCCCCUGGCUGGGCUGAUCGGCAGGAAGAUGGGCCUGGGGAAGGUAGACAUCUUUACUGAGCUGAAGAAGAAGAAUCUCAGACACAUCCUGGCUAUGAUCCUCAAUCAGCUGUCCUCUGAAGAUGUCUAUAGGGUUGGUCAGGUGUCUGAUAGUUGGAAUGAGAUCGUAGUUCAAAACAAGAUGUCCGACCGCAGGAGGAGACACUACCUGAUGGACGUCAAGGCAGCUCUGGAGCUUGGCAGUGCAGUCCAUGUCCCUGAUGCAGAGACCAGGUUGACCCUGCUGAGCCGGUCAGCCCUGAAGUCAGUCCAGGCCCAGUCCAGGACCCCCAGUUCCAGCACCCGUGGUACCCCCCAGUCAGCCACAGGAACAGGCUCUUUAACCCCUGUCCAGCACAACUCAGCCAGCAAACAGGACAUGUUCAUACAGGUGGCCAAAACCCUCUUCAGUGAUGAAUGUCUAAAGCCCUGCCCUCGAUGCCGGCACCCUGCUAGGUGUCACUCAGUGAAGAUGGAGGGUGUGUGUAGCAGGGUUGACUGUGGCUUCCAGUUCUGUACAGGCUGCCUUUGUGCCUUCCACGGGUCCAAAGAGUGUGCCAGCGUGUCAGCCAUGCGACGCAGCAAAAAGGAUGUUCUUCCCGGGAGUGCUCAGAGCAAGCGCAACGUCAGGAGAUUGUGAAUGGGUUUUUAUAUGUGUAGUUGUUUUGAAGUUAUUUGUACCUCCGGUUACCUUUUUUAAAUGUGUUUAUCUUCGAUGUGUUUUUAAUUAUGGGUCAGCGAGGAGCAGCACCAGUAGAAUCAAUCAGACAUGAAAUGGCUACUGAAUGCUGAGCUCCUGCUGGGUUAAUUCAUUGAUCUACAGAAUGUUGUUUCUCUUCUCAGCUUGAUUUUCAUGGUUUUAUGUGAAUGUUUCUGUACACUACUGUAUAUUGUCUACUUUUACAACUGACUGUACAAAUGUUUUAUAGAUUAUUUUUAAUAAAGUUGUACUUUUACAUA